AUGUGCAUUGUCGAGACGUCACAAAGUUCGAGGUACAUUGCUUUGAGCUAUCUCUGGGGCAAGAAUUUUGUCCAGCUCUUCACAACAUCCAAGAAUCUUCCAAAAUUGUCACAGCCGGGAGCGUUGGAGAAGGAGAAGCUUCCACGAACGAUCAAGGACGCCAUCAUCCUUACCAGGUUGCUCGGGGAGAGAUACUUGUGGACAGACAGUCUGGCGCUUUUGCAUGAUGAUGGGUUUCAGUAUCAUGAUGACUGGGUGUAUGCGCGGGCUGCCCUGACCGUGGUCGCCGGGUCUGGCAAGGACGCCAAUGCAGGUUUACCUGGGGUUAGAAAAGAGUCCCGGAAAUUCCAUCAGGAGAUUGAGCAAGUCAAGCCCGGCCUGCAGCUCAUGGUGUCUCAUCUUGCCGAAGACUACAUCUCGACUUCGCAAUGGGAUUCUCGUGCCUGGACUUUCCAGGAGAGGAUGCUGUCACGGAGGUGCCUGCUGUUUGUCAAUGGUCGGAUAUACUACCAAUGUCGACGAACGACCUUCUGCGAGGAUAUGGAGAUGCCUCGGAGUAAUGGCUGGUCACUUGACUCGAUUGACAUGCCUACGAGGAUCUUCCGGGAGAAGCCUUUUGUGCAAUUCACCUCGGCAGUGGAAUUAUAUACGCGGCGUGAACUCACCAAUCCUACAGACAUCCUGCAUGCUUUUGACGGCGUAAAGCUGGUUCUGGAGAUGCGCAUUGGGGCGAAAAUUUAUUGGGGUGCUCUGGAAACCAUGUUGGAUUCGUCUCUGAUCUGGGAAUCGACAAAGAGGCUGUUCCGCCGACAAGGAUUUCCAAGCUGGUCAUGGUCAGGCUGGAUCGGAGAAGUGCAGUGGAGGUACACCGAACCUGUCCAGUCAUGGAUCGAAUGGCAUGCCGACCAGGAUAUUGGAAUCCAUCCGUUUCCCAAGCAAGCCUACGACCGGAUACCGCCGCCUCUACCUCGACCGGACAACCAAGGGCCAGUGUCGCGCCACAGACUGAGUACAACCACUCCUUUAUUGCAUUUCCGGACUGUCACCGCGUAUUUCCAACUGGCUUCGCCAGCACUCAUUCAUAAAUCAGUUAUCUCGCCCCUCAGGAAACGACUCACUGGCCCAAGUGCCUUGUCGACGGUCAGACCAGCGCCGGCAGACCCAGGCUUGAUUCGGGCGGGGAUCGCCGAUCUCAAUGGACUCUGGUGUGGCACAAUUGAUCUUGACGUGGAUUGGAUGUCGCAGGUUGCGACACCUUUGGAGUUUUUGGUCAUGUCAAAAGUCGAUCGAUUUACCGACGACGAACUCAGUUUUUGGGAGGGAACAUUGCCAGAUGACAUCGAGGACUUACUGACGCAACGUGAUUACGGAGUCUACAAUGUCAUGCUAGUUUCCCGAAAAGACGGCAUAUAUUGCCGAGAAGGGCUGGGGCGUAUACUUACCGAAGCCUUAUCUAGAGCCCUCGAGCCGGGGCCGGAGUGGAGAGAUAUAGUUCUGGGAUGA